GAACACAUCACAAGCAGAAAAAACAACCUACGACAGUUACAUAAUAUAUAGAUUAGAAAGAAUUAACAGGUAGCUAGCUAAGAUGGCAGCAUUGUGGAUUGUGGGAUUAUUGAUUGUGGCAUCGGCGGCAAGCCAUGCAAAUGCAGUGUCAUGCCCACAAGCCCUGGCAAUGCUGCUGCCGUGCAAAGAUUAUCUGGUGGGGCAGUCGCCUACGUUGACGGCUCCGUGCUGUCAGGCGGCUAGCCAGCUCAACGGCAUGGUCCAUAGCAAACCCGAACUCAGAGACUUGUGCAGCUAUCUCAAGCAAGCCGCCGCCUCCUUGCAUGUCAUAGCCGACCGAGCUAAAUCUCUUCCUCAGAACUGCCAUAUCCAAGUUCCUGUGCCUAUUGACCCUAAUGUCGACUGUUCUCGCAUAUGAUCCGUGCUUGAUGGAAGAAGCUAACCCGGUUUCAAAGAAUUGACUGCAGAAAUUAGUUAGGUCGCCAAAUUAGAGUAUCAAUAAAUCUGCAGCUUUUAGUUUUAUGGACGACCAUGUAUCGAGG